AUGAUUUUGAGCGUUCCUGGAUUUUGCAAUCCAAUUCCUGAAGUCAACCCUGCGUCCUAUCUAAUCAACAGAUAUGGCGACAGGAUUGCGAACGUAGAAAUCCCGAAGAAAUUCCAAGUUCCAAAUAUGAAACCAUAUGAUGGAACCACUGACCCACAGGAGCAUAUCGCGCUGUAUCUGGAGAAAAUGGAAACGGUGCCGAUUCCAUCAAUUUUGAAAGAAGCUUCCUUAUGCAGAAGCUUUGGAUCGACACUAUCUGGAUCAGCCUUAAAAUGGCUGCAGAGUUUGCCUCCUCUAUCUAUUAAUUCUUUCGCUGAUUUAACAAAUUUAUUUUAUAGUCAAUUUUCAUGCAGUGGGACUUUUGAGAAAUUGACUGAUGAUCUAUAUAAAAUAAUUCAAAAACCGCAUGAAUCACUUAGAGAUUUUAUGACUAGAUUUACAAAAGAAUCUCUUAAUAUUCCUAAAUUAGAUAUGUUGACCGCUAUUCAAGCUUUGCAGAGAGGUCUCCAUAAAGGAUCUAAAUUCCAGGAAGAUCUCAUAAUGACGCCAUGCAGAAAUUUAGAUGAAGCAAAAGCAAGGGCAGCAAGAUUUAUAAGGCUCGAAGAAAAUGAACUUACAACUUCGAAAUUAGAUGCCUUAUCAUAUGAUCGUCCAAAUCGGAAGGAGGAAACCCCGGUGUUUAAACCGAGACACAAACCUUACUUAAGACAUGUAGAUGAUCAAGUCAAUGUCGUUGAAGAAGAUGACGGGGUCGAAUAUCCAACUUUGGCAUCAUACAGUUUCUCUGUAGGAACUCCUGGCAUUAUAAUGGCGCUUAGAGAUCUUGGAGACAAGGUGAGAUGGCCUGAGAAGAAAAAUGACGGAUACUUCAAGAAGAAAGAUCCUAGCCAGUGGUGUGCUUAUCAUGAAGACUUUGGCCAUAUCACCGAAGAUUGCAAGAUGUUAAGAAGAGAAAUAUCCACUUUAUUAGCAAAAGGAUAUUUGACAGAACUCCUUGGAAGGAAGAAGGCCAAAGAUGUUGAAGGCUUGGACUUUUCCAAACCAAAAUCAACACAAAAAGUAGAUUCCCCACCAGCGAAUGCAAAAGUAAUUAAUACCAUCUUUGGGGGAUCGGAAGUGUGCGGGACAACAUAUUCAGCUGCAAAAAGACUUGCAAAGCAAAGCAAAUAA